GCCACAUCCCGUGAUUAACUCACCCUGAGUGAUUUAUUGGACAUCUCUCGUGUGGCAUAAUGCAAACAAAGCGGGCCAACGGUAGCCGGUCCGCAAUAUGAUGAUUUUUGAAUUUUGGCAACAGAUGUGUGCCAGGCAAGUGGCCGAAAUGCUGUUAACGUGGUGGAUAUUUGUCAGUCGGCGAGAUGACAGCAUCGAAGACGCUUCAAGUGAAUCGGACGGGUGUGCUAUGGAGCGCCGUCUACGGACGCUAUUUGGUGGCCGGUGAAGCGGUAACGGCACAUGCCAUUCUCAUUGAGGAGCUACCGUUUGCGGUGGGACCCAAAUGCAAUGGACCCGUGUUGUGCCUAGCCUGUUAUAGGACUGAUGGGGUCGAUCAUUGUGCCCUCUGUGGUUGGCCUCUAUGCGGGGAGUGUGCCACAGAGGAGAGCAAUGAACACUUUCGGGGGGAGUGCGAGAUCUUUAAAUCCGCCAGGGCACGCUUUUAUCCGCUGCCCGCAGGUGCUGCCCACUGCCCGCAGCUGGACUGCAUUAUGCCAUUGAGGGUUUUGCUGGCCAAAGAAGCCCAACCGGAUCGCUGGCUCAACGAGGUGGCACCCAUGGAACACCAUGAGGGCGCUCGUCGUAUGAAUGCCGAUGUUUGGCAUGCCGAUCGCGUGAAUAUCGCACAAUACUUACGUGGACCUUGCAAACUGGGCUCACGUUUCAGUGAGGAACUCAUCAUGCAGGUGGUGGGAGUGCUGGAGGUAAAUGCCUUCGAAGCGCGUACAACCCAUGGAUAUGCGCUGCGCUGCUUAUAUCCCUAUACAGGCAUCCUAGCCCACAAUUGUGUGCCCAACACGGCGCGCAGCAUCUUUCCCAGUGAGGGUUACAAAAUACGCCUACGCGCUAUGGUGGAUCUGAAGGAGGGUCAGCAGCUGCAGCAUAGCUAUACCUACACCCUGGAUGGCACCUCACAGCGCCAGACCCAUCUACGAGAGGGCAAAUACUUCAAUUGCAGCUGUGAACGUUGUUGCGAUGCCACCGAACUACAAACCAACUUCAGCACCUUGAAGUGUGGACAAUGCGUCGAUGGCUGGCUUCUGGCCAAGCAGCCUUUAUCUGAUGAAACGAGCUGGCAUUGUCGUUGCUGCGACUUCAGCACCAGCAAUGAGGACGUACAGAAGACGAUAGCGGCGCUCCAGGCUGAGGUGAAUGUAGCGCAGGCGCUGGAAAUGGGACCCAAGCGACUGGAGGAGUGCGAACGUUUGCUGCGAAAGUACAAAAGUCUGCUCCAUCCGUUGCACUUCAUAGCGACGGGUCUGCGGCAGCUGCUCAUCGAGAUGUACGGACGGGUGCAGGGUUACGAAAUGGCCACACUGACGGACACGUUGCUUGAGCGGAAGGCGGAGCUGUGUCGUCAGGUGCUGCGCAUCCUGAAUGUCUUCGAGCCGGGCCUGAGUCGUACACGUGCCAUGAAUCUCUACGAGCUGCAUGUACCGCUGGUGCUGCUGGCGAAGAGCGGCUUCAUAGCCAAUACGUUGGGUGGUGCUGAGUUGCGUUCGCGUUUGGUGGAGGCCAUUGACUUGCUUCGGGAGUGUGUGGACAUAUUGCAGCAUGAGGAUAAGGGGUCGCAGGAGGGCGUUCUUUGUCUGGUGGCCAAACAGGCCAUGGAGCAGCUAACCAUGAGCGUGGAUGGCUUGGGAAAUGAAUUAGAAUGAUUAAACAUUGCAGAGUAGACUUCUUUUCGACCUACAUAGUGUUAGCUUUAUUGAAAAACUAUACAUAUGCGUUUGUAUAUACUUAUGUAUGUAUGCAUGUAUGUUUGUAAGUACAAGUAGGUAGCUGUUCCACACUUUAGUUUGGGAAACGCGACGUUACGAUUAUACAAACACAUAUAAAUUUGAUUUAUUAUGAACGCGAUUGUGUAAUUCUCUUCCAGAGCGAAUAAUUAAUUAUUUCCUACAAAA